AUGAAUUACUUGCGUCGGCGCCUCUCAGACAGCACUUUCAUUUCUAAUCUUCCUAAUGGCUACAUCUCGGACCUCCAGAGGCCUGACCCGACGCAGCCGCCUCCUCCGGCUCAGGCUCCGUCCGCCAAGUCUCCCACCGCACCCGGGCCCACACCUCCGGCCACGUCCCCCGUCCCAGAGAAGAAAGCCCAGCCGGCGCAGUCCACGGGGGCCAGCUUCUUCAGCUCCAUCACCAAUGUUGUGAAGCAGACAGCAGCCUCAGCCGGGCUGGUGGAGCAGACCCAAGUCACGACGUCCAAGAAGUUCAAGAUACUCCUGGUGAUCGACGAGCCCUCACAAGAGUGGUGA